AUGAGGUCGGUUAUGUCAGCAGAAAAGCCAACGAAAGAGAAUGCUGCAGGGGAGGUGAAAACGGUUGAAGAGAGCAACGGCGAAUUACAUGAACAAGAAAAGGCUUUGGACCGUGAGAAAAGUGGAGUCGCAAAGGACUCUGUGAAUAAUGAAGAGUCAGAAACUCCUAAAUCAGAUGCAAAAGAAGUACCUGUUGUUAAGCAAGAUGCUGCAGAAGGCGUUUCAGAGCAAAAAGUAGAACAUUUGGAUUUUAAAGAAGAAGUGACUAGUAAAACCGCGGAAGAGGAAAGUACAAACCAGCAAACUGAGAACCAAGAGCUUCCAUCCCAGAAGACUGGUGACGCGGUCACAACUGAUAGAGAGGAAACUCUGACUACUGAUAAUGUUGCUGCGAAAGAAAAUAAUGAGGAAAACUCCGGGUCGGUCAAGAAACCUGAGGUUUUGAAACCAGUUAACGAGGAAGAAGUGAAGGAUCAGUCACACCAUGGUGUAGAAUCUAUAGAUAAUUCAGGAAAGGACCAAGAAGAUGGUGAAGAGGUGUUCCACGAAGCUUCAGAAAUGAAUGACGACGAAGAGGUCAAGCAUGUUGCUGACGAAAAAAAGCGUGAAAAUGAAAGUAAAGAGGGCGAUCAAGAAACUGAGUGUAAGCUCAAUGGUGAUAGUGCUGAAAAUUGGGUGGAUGCAGAUGAGAAGCAGGAUGAAAAUGAAGAACUAGAUGGGACUGAGGAAGAAGAAGAACAGGAGGAGGUAGAAGAGAAUAUAGAGGAUGAGGAAGGGCCUGAUGAUGAUGAAAUAGCUGGUAAUCCUGCGUAUAUUCCGAAAUCCCCAAGGUAUUAUAUGCAUGACUCAAGAACAGUAGAGAAGAACAUUACUGUUGGACGGAGUGAGGGUCGUCUGUCUCGUGCUGACGGUAUGUGGGAUCAUGAUAAAUAUGAUCCGCGUUCACAGAAACCAAAAACCAAACGAGAACUUAUGAUGCGGUACGGCUUUGAUAUCCGCAAGCAGGAUAAGCCUGAUGAGGCAGAGUUAACUCGGUCGCCAAAAAGUAAAAGGGAUAAAUCAAAAGAAGAAGUUAGUACAAGGAAUGAAAGCACAAGGGUAACUGGUCGGGGUGGCCGAGGAGGUCGUGGUGGUCUAGGGCGUCCUGUACAGUACCAUAGCGAGAAACCGAAUAGGGACACUCAUAGUACAAGGACUAAUGUGCCGCAGCAACAGAGGCAGCCGAGUCAUGGAAACAACCGUGGAAGAGCUGUCAGUAACAGAGCAGUGACCACUGGACGGGGAGGCCGGCAUAUGCAUCCUCAAAACGACCAUGACAGGCCGAUUGAAAAUAAAUUUCGAGGUCAGAGGGAUCAGCGUGAACAACGUGAUCAUCAAGGACAGAUGAAGAGGUCAGGUGAACAUUCAGCGGCUCGUCGAGGACGAGGAAGUUUUUCGGGUAACGGAGGUGGAGACAGUAACUUAACAUCUAAUUCUGCUAGAGGAAAUGGAGGCGGUGGCGGUAAACGUUACUCGAAACAGCGUACUGCUGUAGCAUACGGCGAUCAACGUACAAUAACUGUAGCUCCACCAUCAACUACUGUAGCAGAAGUAAUACCACAAAUGAGUGUACCGGCAGCACAACCUCCGCCAACUCGAAAUUCUGUAGAAUGGCAACGUCCACCUCCGCCACCAUCAGCCUUCCAGACUCCAAUACGACCGUUGCAGCCUAUGCAACCUCAAAUGCAACCAAUGCCACCUAUAGCGACUGUUACACCAGUGACACCGACUGCAUUUCGGGCUCCCAACGAUACUGUAUAUUUUGAUACGAGUCAGCAGUUAAUUCGUAGUACUGUACCACCACAGCCCAGGGCUAAAAAGCGUUUGGAAAUUGUUCCUCCGGCGAAUUAA